AUGUCCUGUUCAUGUGUUUCAGUGGUUCCUGAAGGUGUUCAGGUGCUGAUUAAAGAAGAUCCUGAAGAACAGAAGCCUGAUGUGGACCAGCAGGACCAAGAACACCUCCACAUAAAAGAGGAAGAGGAGGAACUGUGCAUCAGUCUGGGAGCAGAGCAGCUCAAUAUGAAGGAGGAGACUGAUGCCACCAGCUUUACAUUCACUGCAGCUCCUUUGAAGCCUGAGGAUGAUGAAGAUAAACCUCUGUUCUUACAGCUUCAUCAACACCAAGCUGAAGUCAGAGAUCUUCCAGCUCAGGAUUCUGACUCCUCAGAAACUGAAGUCAGUGAGGAGGAUGAAGAGGAUAAAGAUGUGAACAAUCCUGACUCUCAGCUGAAACGCAUAGCAGACUCUGGGUCAAAACCUGAUAGAGAACGGGAGUCUUCUCUCAGCAGGGUUCCUGAAUCAGGUGUUAAAAACAACACAAAUGGACAGAAGUUGUUCUGUUGUGAGCUGUGUGAUGGAAGGUUUACCACAAAGAGCAGUUUAAACAUGCACAUGAGAAUCCACACAGGAGAGAAACCAUUUUUUUGUGAGUUGUGUGGGCGGAGUUUUACUCAAAAAGGCAGUUUAGACACGCACAUGAGAAUUCACACAGGAGAGAAACCAUUUUGUUGCGAGUUGUGUGGUGGAAGGUUUAUUAAAAAGGGAGAUUUAAACACACACAAGAGAAUCCACACAGGACAGAAGCCAUUUUGUUGUGAGCUGUGUGAUCGAAAGUUUACUCAAAAGGGCAGUUUGAACACACACAUGAGAAUCCACUCAGGACAGAAGCCAUUUUGUUGUGAGCUGUGUGACCAAAGGUUUAACACAAAGGGGAGUUUGAGCUCGCAUAUGAGUAUCCACACAGGACAGAAACCAUUUUGUUGUGAGCUGUGUGAUCAAAGGUUUACAGCAAACGGGCAUUUGAACACACACAUGAAAACCCACACAGGACAGAAGCCAUUUUGUUGUGAGCUGUGCGAUCAAAGGUUUAUCAUAAAGGGCCAUUUGAACAGACACAUGAGAAUCCACACAGGACAGAAACCAUUUUGUUGUGAGCUGU